GACGCUCAGUCGGACACAGUGCGACUCGGUCGCCCGCGGGACCAGCAUCUCCACCGCCACCAUGGAGUGCGACAUCUGCCACGAGGAGUUCAACCAGGUGGAGCGCGUGCCCAAGAUAGCGCCGUGCGGGCACACCGUGUGUCUGCGGUGCCUCGAGCGGGGCGCCAGGAAGGAGUGCCCGACCUGCCGCAGGGCCUUCGAUGUCCCCCCAGACGCACUGCUCAACAACUUCUACCUCCUACAGCAGAUGGAGCGCCCAGAGAGACCGUCCCACGGAUGGUGCUCGGACUGCCUCGCGCCCGCCUCGCCCCGCUGCUGGGAUGAGGACCACGACGUCCUGCCCGAGAAGAGGGCCCUGAGGCGCCACGUGCAGGGUGCGCUGCAGCAGGCGGCUGGGCAGCUGGAAGGCCUGCCGGACCUCUGCCAGGGGGAGCAGGCCGUUCAGGCUCUCACCCUGCUGACUACAAAGUCCUGCAGCCUGACCAUCAAGGCCGGGGAACACGAGCUGACGGGCACCGUGACGAGCACGGAGGACCCCCUCACCCAGGUCAUGUGGCUGCUAGUGACCGCGAAGGCCGCUCUCACCAAGAGUCGUGUUGAGGCGCGGGGUCCCCCGCCUGCCGCCGCGAGCCCUCCGCCCGCAGCCCCGGGACCAGCACCUCAAGGGGCGCGGGGUGCCCCGCCUGCAGCCCCGGCACCUCCAGAGGCGCGGCCGGCGCGGGAGAUGGAUGCGUGUGAUGUCAGCCAGACCCAACCCAGUGACCGGCAGCAGGAAAAGGCGGCCCUCCUCGCAGCAGCGCCGGGGGUGACCCGGCUAAUCGAGCUGCACUGCAACUGGGACCCCGCCUGGAGCCUCCAGCUGCUGGUAUUCGCCGCGCCCACGCUGGAGCGGCUGAGUGUGUUCAACCCCCCCGAGGUUCACCUGCGCGCGGCGCACGCCAUGCCGCGGCUGAGGAGGCUGCACGUGUGGGGUGAUGAUGCCCUGCUCGCCCAGCCCCCCGAGCUGCCCGCGCUGCCGCCGGGACACGCCGGCCUGCAGUGGCUCAGGGUGUGGCUCCUCCCCCGCGCCACGACACAGUCCCUGCUGCGGGCGCACGGCGGCACGCUGGAGGAGCUGGUGCUGUGGGUGGGCACGGCGGGGAGUGGUGGGUGGCCAUCCAGCUGCGGCGACCUGCACUCGCUGCUGCAGCAGAGCGGGCUGCGGGCGCUCACGAGGCUCGUGCUGCGGAGGGACAUCGUGUCCAGCCACGAGCCAGCCGCCUGCAGGGAGCAGCGCGCCGAGGUGCGGCGGGUGCUGCCCGGGGCCGAGGUGCUGUGCGACGAGUGUGACCGUGUGAGAGAGGAAGAGGUCUAGGGGCGCACGCUGCAGGGAGGAGGUGUCAUCUGAGACUGAACGAAGGGAUAUCGCGUUCACCUACAACCGAGCAAAUGUAUAAAGGUGGGCGCGGCAUUCAUACAAUCGAAUUAAAAGUGUGAUAAUGUGAACAAA